AUGGCAUCGUGUGGAAAACAGGAUUUUACAUCAACCCCUUGCGAGUCGUGUGGUCAAGUAUCCACACAAGAUGAAGGAAUGGUCGGAUGCAACGGUUGUGCAGGGUGGUUCCACUACCGUUGCGUUGGAGUCACGGACGAGGUCAAAAAACAGAAGAAAUGGUUCUGUCCGUCCGAAGCUUGUCAGCAGUUGUACGCCAAGUAUCAGAAGAAGCAAGAAGCCGGUCGUAAAGGCGCUACGAAGAAAACCGAUGGCUCAGAUAAGUCGAGCACGACAUCUGAACAACGGCCAAAUCUCCUCAGCGAUAAUAAGGAUGAAACAAUUGUUACUCGGGACGAAAACCAACAGAUUAGAAAAGAGAAACUCGAUGUGGAAAGAAGGCAAGCGUUCGAAAAACAAGAUUUGGAAAUUGAAUCAUUGGCAAAGCAGUAUGGCAUCGAAACAGAAAUACGUGAGAGGCAAAUCAAGUUGGAACAACAGAUGUUUGAAAGGGCUUUGGAAGACAAGCGAAUGCAUUUACAAAAACUCAAAGCUAUGCGCGAAUCUUAUCAAUCUAAAAUGGACGCUCUUGAUAAAGAAUUAGCAGAAUUCAGCUUGCAAUCUCAAACUGUGCUGCCAAAGGGUACUCGUGGUAAAACUUCGACUCCUUUACGCCAACUUGAUCAACAAUGCUGGAAAGCACCUGGUGAGUCACUGAAGAGUAGAAACUACACUAAGAAAACUACAGUAUUGGAUUCGGAACCUAGCUCGACUGAUAGUUCCUCGAGUAGCUCCCUCUCUGAUUUCACCGAUAGUUCAUCGUCAUGUUCAUCAACUAGUUCAAAGGCUGCUUUACAAGGGAAUCAAACUAGACCUUCAAAAGCACAAUUGACGGCACGCAAUGGAAUCAAUCGAAGACUUCCACCUUUCUCAGGAAAGCCGGAAGAAUGGCCACUUUUUCUGAGCAGCUACACAUCCUCUACAGAGGCGUGCGGUUACAAUAACAUCGAAAACUUAGUUCGCCUCCAGGAAAGCCUAACAGGACCGGCCUUGGAAAAUGUACGUGGACUCCUGCUGUAUCCUAAAUCUGUACCCAAAGUCAUCAAAAAAUUACGCAAAUUAUACGGUCGUCCGGAGAUCCUGUUGCAACACUACAUCGACAAAGUACGUAAAUUGGAAUCUCCAAAAGCAGAAAAGUUAACGACUUAUAUUCCGUUCGGAAAUGCGGUAGAACAGCUUUGCAGUCACUUGGAAGCAUCUGGUUUGUAUGCGCACUUGAUCAACCCUACUUUGAUCCAGGAUCUUGUAAACAAAUUGCCGGCAAUAAACAAACGAGAGUGGGUACGGUAUAAAAGGAGAAAAUCCACCGUGAAUCUACGCACAUUUGCAAAAUUCAUUUCUAAAAUUGUGUCUGAAAUUUGCGAAACAAAUGUCGAUGUAGAAUCCGUACUAGAUUCUCAAAAACCAAGAACCAAGGAAAGAGUAGUUUUCACUCACAGCGUUGAAGAACGACAAACACUCACAGCACAAAAACCAUGUAAAGCAUGUGGGCGUACGGAUCAUCGUCUACGCUUCUGCGAUGAAUUCAAGAAAAUGUCUGAGGAGCAGCGUUUUGACCUUGCGGAGAAGUGGAAACUGUGCCAUAUUUGCCUGAAUGAGCAUGGACGGCUGCCAUGCAGAUUCCACCGAAUAAAAUGUGACGUUGCUGGAUGUCGCGAUCGUCAUCAUACACUCCUCCACCCAUCAACCUGCCCAACUGUAUCUCUAAACACGCACUUCCCUGAUUCCUCCAGUAUUAUGUUUCGCAUGAUACCUGUCAGUCUUUACUUUGCGGAUAAAGUUGUGAGUACUCUUGCCUUUCUCGACGAAGGCGCAUCAGUUACGUUGAUCGAAAACUCACUGGCAGCAAAACUGAAUCUAGUAGGUGAGUCGGAUCCGUUAACCAUCAAAUGGACAGCAGACGUGUCGCGCACCGAAAAGGACUCCAUCAGAGCGGACGUCGAAAUAUCGUCAGGGACUAACGAUCAUCGAUGGCAGCUAAGGAAUGUUCGAACAGUUUCGCAGCUCCUCCUUCCAAUGCAAGUUCUAGAUACUAAAGAACUUAAACAGCAAUAUCCUUUCCUCGCCGAAGUACCAGUUCAGUCUUACCAAGCCGAGCGACCCGGACUCUUAAUCGGACUCAAUAACUUGGAGAUUAUAGCACCAUUAGAAACGAAGGUGGGGAAUAUUGGUGAACCAAUAGGCGUACGUUCGAAAUUAGGUUGGUCAGUGUAUGGUCCAGUUAAGGAGUCACCGUUUACCACCUCGAGUGGAUAUGUUGGGGUUCAUGUACAACCUACCAACCAAGAAAUCUACAACCUGUUAAAAUUCCAAUACUCGGUGGAAGAGAACCUUAGUUCGGUUUCGCCUGAAUCAAAGGAGGAACAAAGAGCUCGUAAAAUCAUGGAAGCAACCACCGUACGAAUCGGUAACCGAUUCGAAACAGGCUUACUUUGGAGAACAGAUGAUCCUUGGUUCCCUGAUGGUUAUGGAAUGGCAUUGAGGCGAAUGGAAGAACUAGAACGAAGACUCGCAAAUAAACCACAAUUGUUCUCAAAUGUUCGCACACAAAUUGAGCAAUACUUGCAGAAGGGAUACGCGCACAUAGCGACAGCGGAAGAACUUUCGGUAGCCAAUGCCAGCAAAACGUGGUACCUACCAUUAAACGUGGUUUUAAAUCGAAAUAAGCCCAAUAAAGUUCGUCUGGUUUGGGAUGCGGCGGCAACCGUUAAAGGAAUCUCGCUCAAUUCCCAAUUGAUGAAGGGUCCGGAUAUGACGGUGUCUCUGCCGUCUGUCAUCAGUCGCUUCCGAGAACGACGUUUAGCCUUUGGUGCAGAUAUUCGGGAGAUGUACCAUCAAAUCCAAAUUAGGGCAGAAGACAAACAGGUACAACGGUUUCUUUUCCGGGAAGAUCGUUCGAAGCCACCGACGAUCUAUAUCAUGGAUGUGGCCACUUUUGGGGCAACAUGCUCCCCAUGCUCUGCCCAGUAUAUCAAAAACUUGAAUGCGCGUGAGUAUGCAACGGAAUAUGCUGAGGCUGCUGCUGCGAUAGUUGAAAACCACUACGUUGACGACUAUUAUGACAGCGUGGAUACGCUGGAUCAAGCGGUCGGAUUAGCCACCCAAGUGCGAGAUAUUCAUGCCAGAGGAGGAUUCGAAAUUCGAAACUGGGUUUCGAAUUCUGAAGAAAUGCUUUUAAAUUUGGGAGAACCCAAUGAGGAACAGGCUAUCAAAUUCAACAAGUGUAAAGAAACAGACACUGAACGGGUGUUAGGAAUCAUUUGGAACCCCCACGAUGACGUUUUCUGCUUUUCCACUGCGCAUCGUGAUGAAGUUCGACAGUAUUUAAGUGGGAACUCACGACCGACAAAACGGAUUGUCCUGAGUUGUGUUAUGGGAUUUUUUGAUCCGCUAGGGCUUCUUUCUCCCUUCACAAUUCUAGGCAAGAUGUUAAUCCAGGACUUGUGGAGGACUGGAUGUGAGUGGGAUGAAGCCAUAGAUGACAACUCUUUUGAUAAAUGGAAAAAAUGGACCGAAAUAAUGUCUCAAGUGGAAAGCCUUCGUAUUGAUCGAUGUUACCUCGGAAAUUUACAUUCAAAAGAAAUUGAAUCACUGGAAAUGCAUGUAUUCACAGAUGCCAGUGAGUAUGCUUAUGGCUGUGCAGUCUACUUCCGCGUAAAAUGGGCCAAUGGUGUGAAGGUUUCAUUGGUGAUGUCGAGCGCAAAAGUGGCCCCACUGAAGCGAAUAUCGGUGCCGCGCCUGGAGCUCAUGGCAGCAGUCCGUGGAGCAAAGUUGAUGAAAACGGUUCAGCAAAAUCAUCGACUGAAGGUUGGAAAAUGUACCCUGUGGACGGAUUCCCGAACCGUACUCAGCUGGAUUCGAUCUGAAGCCCGUAACUAUCAACAGUUCGUGUCAUUCCGUAUCGCUGAAGUACAGGACCUUACAAAUACAUCAGACUGGCGAUGGGUUCCCAGUAAGCAGAACAUCGCUGACAUCCUCACUAAAUGGGGAACGGGAUCUCCCUUGGACAUGGACGGCGCUUGGUAUCGAGGACCCGCAUUUUUGUAUGAACCAGAAAGCCGCUGGCCAGAACAAAUCAACUCACCCAGUAACACCCCGGAAGAAAUAAAACCAUGUGUUUUACUCCAUCAUGAUGGUGCCCCACGACUUCCACUCAUUCCCGUGACUAAUAUGUCAACUUGGAAUCGAAUUUCACGAGUAACUGCUACAGUUAUCAGGUACAUUGACAAUCUAAAAAGAAAAAAAAAUGGAGAGCCGUUGUUCUGUGCCAAGUUGAAAGAAUCGCAAGUACUGAAACUACAGAUUAAAUGUAAAAAAGUGAAAUGUCCUCUUCAAAGCGAAGAGCUCCAAAGAGCUGAUUCUAUCUUAUGGAAGCAAGCUCAAAACGAUGGCUUUCCUGAUGAAAUUCGCAGAUUAUCAAAAUUUACAGAAAGUGGUCGCAACGAAACAAGAUAUCCUUUACCAACAAGCAGCAAACUGUUCAAGCUUACACCCAUCGUAGAUGAAAAGGGAGUUCUACGAGUUAAAGGCAGGAUGGAGAAAGCCGAACACCUACCAUUUGACAAACGUCACCCUAUAAUUCUGCCCCGUGAUCACAUUAUAACUUUGCGAAUUAUUCAACAUUAUCACGAACUGUUAGGACAUGGCAACCGCGAGACGGUGUUCAACGAAGUGCAACAAAAAUUUUACAUCAUAGGAUUACGCGGCGUGAUUCGAACGGUAGCCAAAAGUUGUGUUUGGUGCAAAGUUCACCGUUGUGUUCCACGAGCUCCGAUGAUGGCACCGUUACCUAUACAACGCGUAACCCCUCAAUUGGGACCAUUUCAAGCUGUCGGUGUGGAUUACUUAGGCCCGCUUGAAGUAACGGUGGGUCGGCGCAAGGAGAAAAGAUGGGUCGCUGUUUUUACGUGUGUAUCUAUUAGAGCGAUACACCUAGAAGUAGUUUACACCUUAUCUACACCAUCGUGCCUUAUGGCAAUACGUAGAUUCGUAUGCAAACAAGGAGUACCCUCAGACAUCUUUUCCGACAAUGGCACGAACUUCACGGGAGCCUGGAAUGAGAUGCAGAAACAGAUUUACUACGAAUGUGCUGAAGCUAUGACCACUCCUCGAACAAAGUGGCAUUUCAACCCCCCAGGAACCCCCCACAUGGGUGGCAUCUGGGAAAGGAUGGUGCGCUCAGUAAAGGAAGCUAUGAAAGCAUUGGACGAUGGAAGGAAGCUAACGGAUGAGAUCCUCUGGACUACUCUAUCCGAAGUCCAAGAUAUGAUUAAUUUACGACCCCUGACGUACAAAUCCCAGGAUGUUAUGGAGGACGAAUCGUUAACCCCAAACCAUUUCCUGAGGACUGUUAAAGCGGAAGAAUUUCAACCCAAAACUGAGACAGAACUAGCUGAUGCGUUAAGAAACAUUUUUCAGAGAUCACAGUUCUUAGCGGAUAGAGCUUGGCAACGUUGGUUGAAAGAAUACUUACCAUCAAUUAAUCGGCGUACGAAGUGGUUCCAAGAACAAAGAAACAUCAAGAAAGACGAUCUGGUAUUUGUAGUGACUGGAAGGGACCGGAACCAGUGGGUUCGAGGAAUUGUCGACGAAAUAUUCGAAGGACGUGACGGGAAGGUUCGACAGGCUUUGAUCAGAACUGCCAAAGGGGUAAACCGACGAAGUGUAAUUAACCUUGCAGUGUUGGAGCUAGGUAUUGAAGAAAAGGGUAAAACCGGAAAAUCUAGAGAUUUACCGGAGUUACGUGUGGGGGGUGUUGACGCGGCCCAUAGUGGUCAGAUGUCAAAUCAAAUAACCCAUACUACAAAGGCAGGAACAGAGAGGAAAUUGCUAAAAUAA